AUGGCAACGAGUCCACCUUUAAUCCUGUGUUUCUUCCUGUCUUGGUCAGGAUCUCGUCUCAGGUUAGAGGAUGCUCCUCCUCGGAUCAUCAAGCAUCCGUCUGAUUUAAUCGUGUCCAAGGGAGAACCAGCCACACUCAACUGUGAGGCUGAGGGGCGGCCCAUGCCCAUAGUAGAGUGGUACAAAGAUGGCGAGCGGGUGGAGACGGAUAAAGAUGACCCUCGAUCCCACCGCAUGCUGCUGCCCAGCGGGUCCCUCUUCUUCCUGAGAAUUGUGCACGGAAGGAAGAGCAAACCCGACGAAGGCGUUUAUGUGUGUGUGGCACGCAACUACCUGGGUGAGGCCGUCAGUCGCAAGGCAUCGCUGGAGGUGGCCAAGCCUGGCCUGCUGUCACACUGCGACCGGCCCUGCUAAUGUGCACGGAUGACAGCCAGUUCAAGCGACAGAGAUAGCAGUUGUCGCCACUGGACAGGAAAGCUGGGAAACUGUCUAACAGGGACAGGACAAGGGGACAACGUCAGCUGGCAGCUUCUCACU